AUGCCAACCCUAUUUCCGACAUGGCCCUUCAUCCUCUUUGGGAUCGUGGAGCCGCUCUCCAUGGUCGCCGGUACACUCGCUCCUAUCAUCGACACGAAUAAUUUCAUCGCCGGCCAGACCUCUCUAGCCAACCCUCCUACGCUACCGCACCAUCCCAGCGUUCUCGCGUUAAACUACCAACUGGCAAAUAUAUAUGGUCUUGUAGGCAUGCUUGCAUUUGGAGUCACCUACGGGACCUCUGAGAUCCGCGUACUGCGCAACGCCGUCAUUGCCUUGGCAAUUGCAGACCUUGGCCAUUUAUACGCGACUUACGUUGCCAUGGGCCCGGAUUUGUACUUUGAUGUGGCAUCAUGGUCUCCAGUAAGCUGGGGUAAUAUCGGCUUCACCGCAUUCUUGUUUGUGAAUCGCAUGGCCUAUCUCUUGGGAUUGUUUGGGUCCAAGACCUCCAAGUCGAAGAAGAGAGAUUGA